GAUGAUUUGUUGUGCACGUCACAGCUCGCGACGCCAUCCGCCAACCUCGCCAACACUUCAUCUCCUUCCACUCAUCGGUCUUUACAGCAAUCCCCAUCAUUCACUUUUGUCUUCUAGUGCUUCUACUUUAUUUUCUUUCUGCUCCACUCUCCUCCUGCUACGCCGGAUGUGGCAUGUUGAUGGUUGCCGAUGUAACAGUCCUCCUAGCCGCAGACUGAAGAGCCUCCGAUGGUUGAUAGCCCAACGAAGACCAUCAUGGCGUCCGAGGUGGACAACUCGGGUGGGGCGCUGGAUGGUGAUCUUUCACCUGCCGACAAGGACGUCGGCGGCUCCUUGACGGCACCAGUCGUCCCGUCGCUAGACAGCCCCGAUAAAGGCCUUGCGUCCUUUAACAUGCGUGCCGAUCCAGAUGCCCAGGCCACUGUGACAGACUUCCUCGACUUUACCGAGUACCUCCCUUCCGACAUGGUGCGAUCCCUUACCCUCAUAGGCAAGCUCGACCAAGCAUACUCCGACGCCUCCACCAACAUAAACGACCUCACCACGACAUGGGGGAAGCUGCCUUCUCUGCCGGUCGACGGCCGCCCCAGCUCGGUACAGCUCCGUGCGGACAUAUCCGAGAGCCUAAACCGCGCCGUCAGUUCGCGCAUCUUCUCCCAUGCUGAGGCGGUUCGCAUGUAUGAAAACGUCACCCGACAUUACCAUAGAAUUCAGACCAUCCUCUCCAAACUCCAGACUAUGCGCGAUAAUUAUCCUUCUACCGACGAGCAAAAGAGUCCCAUCCAGGUCAAGUCCCCGCAGAUGGUUCGCGGCCCCAAGCUGCCGCUUCGUCUCGAUAACAACGGGCAGAAGAUCCGGGGUCCGCCCCGAAUCACUGUCCCAGGCGAGGUACUCGCGCCUUACGAGAUGGACUUCAACACGUAUAGUUCUUUUAGCGAUGUAAGCUCCGAUCAUGGCGACGAGGACGAGGUGGAGGAAGCAGAGGAGGAAGCGGGGCUAGAGGAGGAGAGGCACGUGUCUCCUAAACGAGUCGUGACGCCAUCGACUCGUAUCAAGGUGGUCAAGCCCCUUAAGACCCCCAAAAAUAAGACUCCUAAACCACCGCGACCUCCUCGGUCUGCAAAUAGAUCAUCGGACAACCCGACACCUAUGAUUUCUACCAGCACUGCGCUUGCUCAGCUGAAGCCCCCCCCCGAGAAUGCGGUCCCCGGUAGUACCGAUGCCCCGUGGCUCCAACUCACUCCCUAUGAACUCGCGAAGCUCCGUAAGCGAAUGAAGAAGAACGCUGUUUGGAACCCGAGCGAUACCAUGAUAGCUCGCGAGCUGAAGAACCUCGGCCGCGGCGUGGAGGCAUACAGGGCAGCCCAGAAGCAGGCUGAGGAGGAAGGAAAACCGUUCGACGCAGCCCUACCUGCACCGGUAGUCGAUGCCGAAUCGGGGACCCAGCACCCUCCCGAAGGGGCCAUCAGUGCGGAAGCUCUGACAGCAGACGAGGUACAGUUAAGCAACCGCGGCAUGAAGCUGAAUGAGGCCAAGAAGCUGAAACGUGAAACCUUGGCAAGGAUGGCUGCUGAGGAAGCAGAAGAAUCGGCCAGAAAAAUGGCCGAGGCUGCUCGAAUGUUCUUCACCCACGAAGCUUCACCGUCCGUAGCCGGGAGCGUACCGGACAAAGCACCUGAGCCAAGCCAAACCCAGAGCCAAGGUCAAGGCCAGAGCCAGAGCCAGAAGAGCGUUCCGAGUAAACCCAAGACAAAAAAGCGAAAGCGCGAGUCGAUGUCGGAGACUCCUAGCAUGGGAAGACCCGAAGUAGCUGAAAGUCUGGCGAACGCAUCGGCGAGCCAACCACCCACACAGGUGGAGAAGCCCCCGACCAAGCGUAACAAGACCGAGACGCCGGUUCCGUUGCCUCAGCUGACGCCCCGCCCCCCGUCGGUGCCCCCUGUACCCGGUGCGCCACCUGCUGCCGGCACCACUGCUGCCCCUGCAACGGAGACUCCCGUUCCCGUGCCGCACCUGGGAAAAACCUCUCAGGUCUCAAUCACGUCGAAGACUCCCGUGCCAGUACCGGUUCCGGUCUCUUCGGACGGCUCCAUGGUGGCUACGAAGUCCGCCGCGUCUUCGGGCGCGACAAGCCCAACCCCGCCAUCUAGUAUCACCACGACAAUCCCUAUUAAGCCGCCUGCGGAGGCUCCUGUUUUGCAUCCUGUCAAAACCUCCACCACGCCUAUUCCCCCGCCAGUUCGGGAAAUACCGAAGCGAGAAACGAGGCAAAACUUGCAAUCGUCGGCUACGGCGAACCCGAAGCAAACGAACUCGCGCGGCAAUACUCCCGCGGGCACGCCCGCUCCCGAGUCGCAACCGGCCGCUUCUCGCCGGCCUAGCUCACGUGGCCAAGCGGCAAGCCAAGAGCCUCCUUCGACACUGGCGACCGAGCGAUCUCGACGAACCAGCACCGCUCGAAACACCCCCGUCCCCGAACUGCGCCAAGCGAGCAAACGCGCCAAGCGGCCUGCUCCAGGCGUCGUGACGACGAAUUCGGGCGGUACCAGCGCUGUCGGAAAGCGAAAGGCGGCGCCUCGCAAGAAGACUCGCAACAGUAACCCAAGGAAGGAGAAGGGCACAAGCCAGCAACCGGAGCCGGAAGUUGAGGUGGAGGUGGAUGACGAUGGGAAUGUCAUCGAUCCGGAGGAGCCGAGAUACUGUCUCUGUAACAGAGUCAGCUUUGGCACCAUGAUACAGUGUGAUAAUGUCGAUGUGAGCGCAAGAGAAACCUCUGUAACCCCAGCAUGUGAAGAUGACAAAACACGCAACAAGAGACUAACAGCUCCUCGCGUACAGAACUGCAAGCAGGAAUGGUUUCACCUCGAGUGCGUGGAACUGUCCGAGAUACCUGCCCGCACCACUAAAUGGUAUUGCCCUGACUGCCGUGUCUUACUCAAUAUCGGAGGACGAGGCGAGGUCAACUCUCGAGGCGUCAAAUUGUGAUGACAACACAACGGUUGUGCCGGAGGAGGAGAGCAAUUGCGCCAAAGUAGAUGACGGCGACGGCAAGUACUUGAGGCGAGGAGUCUGCUAGGGGAGAGGAGGUCGAUUGUUGAGGAGGAUAUAGUUAAGCCUUGUCUAGUUGCCGGAAGGCAAGGAGAGGAUCUUUCCUAGGCGUGUGAAGCCCCUGUGGGGGUUAUUGAUUUUACUGAACUUGUUGGUACGGAAGGCAACGCGCGACUUUACAGAUACCCAGACCUGGUGUCGAGAUCCGGCAAGGCGUUUGCACAGGAGAAGGGGAUGUUGUGGCUGUUCUUUGAAGCCUCCUUGCAUCACCAUUGCCUGCAUUGGCGACGGCGCAGAUACUGCUGCGGCUCUCGAUACCUGUUACGGCUAUGCAUGGAAUCUUACCAUCUUCCGCCUUUUCGUAUGUAUACGUCAUGUCGUAUAGAAAGAUUCCCCCCAUUGCUCGCCCAUCUAUAGCCUAAUGCGAAGUGGCUUUGUAAACCGGA